AUGUCCCGCCAUAUCAAACCAUCGCCCAGCCGUCGUUCCUUUCUUGGCCAAGCCGCUGCUGCCAGUAUUGCCACGGUCGCUUUGCCCACGAUUGUUCGCUCGGCUAGUGCUAAUGAGGAAGUGCGGUUGGCGGGCGUUGGCGUCGGUGGCAAAGGUUGGGUCGAUAUCAACGGGGCCGCUAAGUAUGGCAAGGUGGUUGCCUACUGUGAUAUUGACACCGGGCCAAACCGGCGCGGCGGCUACGCCAAUGCCGCCGAAAAAUGGGCCGAUGCCCGCGGCUACACCGAUUGGCGCAAGCUACUCGACACCGAGGGCAAGAAUCUCGACGCGAUCACUAUCAGCACGCCCGAUCACAUGCACGCUCCCGUCACGCUCACUGCCCUACGGAUGGGACUCGCCACCUACACACAAAAACCGCUUACCCGCACCGUGCAUGAGGCCCGCACGCUAACGGUUGCGGCCAAGCAAGCUGGCGUGGCGACUCAAAUGGGUAACCAAGGGCAUAGCGGCGCGGGGUAUCGCACGCUGGUCGAAGCGGUGCAAAGCGGCGCGCUGGGGAAGGUGAAGGGGGCACACUGCUGGUCGAACCGGCCGAUCUGGCCGCAGGGGAUUAAUCGUCCGCAAGGUAGCGAUCCGAUUCCCGACGCCGUGGCUUGGGAUCUGUGGCUGGGCGUUGCUGCUGAGCGGCCGUACAAGAAGGGGGUUUACCAUCCCUUCAAUUGGCGCGGCUGGUACGACUUCGGUGCAGGCGCGCUGGGCGACAUGGGUUGUCAUAUCAUUGACCCGGCUGUUUGGAGCCUGGAAUUGGAAGCGCCGACGAGCGUGAGCUACUCCGGGCCGAAGCCGAACCCCGAGACGUUCCCCAAACAGGAGACCCUUCGCUACCACUUCCCCGCGACGAAGCAGACAGCGGGCGAGAUCGACCUCUACUGGUACGACGGCGGGCGCAUGCCGUCGGCCGAGCAGGCUCAUUUGCCGUCGGGCUUCAAGUUGCCGACGCAAGGUGUCAUGCUCGUCGGCAGCGAGGCAACUCUGGCUUGCAGCCACGGAGGCAAGCCAGCGAUCUACGCUGGCGGUGAACCGCAGAAGAUCACCAAGGAAAUUGGUGGAGCGGAUCACUACCAGAUUUGGGUCGAGGCGAUCAAAGGAGGAGCGGAACCCAAUAGCAGCUUUGCCUAUGCCGGGCCGCUGACCGAAACCGUGCUGUUGGGCGUGAUUGCUUCCCGCGUCGAUGCCGGCGAACUGAAGUGGAACGCCGACAAGCUACAGUUUUCCAACUCCGACGCUGCCAACGCCUUCGUGCGGCAAGAGUACCGUAAGGGGUGGGAAGUCGAAGGGCUGUAG